CCUGCGUUGUGUGUGAGAGAGUGUGUAUGUGUGAGCGAGUGUGUGAGGGAGGGGGGUGUGGCCUGCACUUCCACCGGCUUUACCGCACUCACGCACAAUGAGACAACGAGACGGUGAUGUAGGACACCACGUUGGGGCUUAAGGGACACGGGCACGCGCUGGUGGUACCGAGUUUCCUGCGUUUUCUUUUUAACAAGUUGGAUGUGAUUUUUUUUAGUUCGGAUCGCGUUCAUAUGGACCGCGUUUAAGGUCUGGAGAAGUUUUUUUUGUUUGUUUUUUUAUAUAUAGGGACCGGGGUGGGAACCGAGACCUUUUGCGCUUUGUUGUUUCGGCGUGGAAAUACGAUACGCGCGAGAUCAUGUCCGCGUUCGCCGACUCCGAUUAUCUCGCCGCUGAGUGCCUGGUGUCGAUCUCGAGCGGUCCCGUUCUUCACCGGACCAGGGCCCUGGCUCACGGCGAGCCGGACGGCUCGAGCGAGGACAGGGAGGUGCGCGAGACCCUUAGGCUCGAGGGCGCGGGCGAGGAGGCCGACGUAGUCCUCGCGGACACGCACGCCGCUUUCCGGCCCAUGUCCGCCCACUCAGAGAGCAGCAGCAGCUCGUCGUCGAGCUCGUGCGGUGAGAGCGGUUAUGCCACCCUGUGCGACUCGGGCACCGCGACCCCGACCAUGACCCCCACCGGUACCCCGGUUCCGGGACAGACAAACCGCAACGCCCCCCAGCAGAUGUGGGUAGAAACAGCAGCAGCAGGAGGAGGAGGAGCCCCGCGCUCUCCCUCUAAACGCCACCCUUGCACUUUCGACGGAUGUGACCGAGUGUACGGCAAAUCAUCGCACCUGAAGGCGCACAUCAGGACGCACACAGGAGAGAGGCCGUUCCCUUGCACCUGGGCCAACUGCGAGAAGAAAUUUGCUCGCUCGGACGAGCUGGCCCGUCACUUGCGCACUCACACUGGUGAGAAGCGCUUCCAGUGCCCGCUUUGUGCCAAACGAUUCAUGCGCAGUGACCACCUGAUCAAGCAUGCACGCCGCCACCCCGACUUCCUCCCAUCCAUGAUCGGGCGCCGGGGCCACGGCUCGCCCCAGGGUCAAGUGUCCUCUAUCAGUGCACAGUCUCAGUAAACCAGCAGCAUCCAUUUUGCAAACUAAUCCCAGUCAAACACUUUUUUUUUACACAUAAGCCACCUGUUUGAGCGCCAAGUAUUGUUCAGAGCUUUCACUUCCUUCAAAUCCCGUCGCCUCGUCUUCCUUCAAGUCCGGUUGUGAGGUCGAUUUGCCUCAACGCCAGAAUCCUGGUGCAAUUGUAUCAUCCAACACUUGAUGCCAAGACUGCUGCAAGAAUUCCAUGUAUUGUAGAGCCAUUUAGCUCUCCAAGCUUCUCUCUCGCCACAAGCACAACAUGCUAUUCCUUCCAGACAGCGAAGCUAUUUCGGGUUAACAAGAUGGCCGCCCACAACGCAGCACAAUCCUCGCUCUCAGAUUCUUCCGUCGUUUCUGAAAGUCUCAGCCUUAGUUACGUCACUUCUCAGUCAUUUUUGAGAUGUCCUUUUCUCUUUCCUGGUUUAUGGGUGUGGAUGUUAGGCCCCCCUAUUAAACAGACACUGUUUGAAACGACUGUCAUUACAAUUUCGUUCUGCGUUCCAAUACUGUUUUUAAUACAGAAUUAUUGGCAUUUCCUGCAUCACAACACCACACAAAAUACACCCUACCUUUAGUAGGAAGCAUCCUGUAUUUGUAGUGAAUAUCCGCCAGCUUUUUAACUAGUUAACUAUAGAAGCCUGCUACCUAGCUGGCUAGUGCGCUUUAACAGCUGGAUUGUUAAAUAGCUUCUUUGCUUAAGCUAUACAGGUACGGUGUUUUUACGCUGAUUUAGCGAAUCAACGUUGCAAUUUUAAACAGAACGUUGUUAGGUCUUAAAGUCUUCUCGGUUUAUGGGGUGUGUUAAGGUGUUUGAGUGAAAUGUACUUGAUUUCACUUGAAAACCUGAUUUCGAGAAAAUAUAUAUAUAUAUAUAUAUAUAUAUAUAUAUAUAUAUGUAUCUCUAUCUAAAAUUACAAACACGAAUGAUACAAGAUAGUUUGUGGAAGUGGUACCAGUAAGCUUUAAAGCUUAGAGACCCAAACUAAACCUCGUAUAAUUUCAAGAAACACACUUGUGGACACCCCAGGUAAAGUCUUUCUCUGACUUUAGAGCCUGAAGCUCUAAAGGUUUCAUUUUUAAAAAAACAAAACAAAAACUUGGCCGUAAUGAAGCUUGGAAUACCAUUGAAAAUGGUGAACAUUUCAAGCCGUAAUAAACAAGGGUGUACUAUAAACAGUACUGGAAUGCAGUCUUAGAUGGACCACAUCAUCUCUUCACAUGGUGCUCUAUUUACAGUUCUUCUGUAACAUUAAAAAAAAAUAUACCUGUAACUUCGUGGUCAAUCACACGUGACUCACAAAAUGUCCGUUGUCCGUUGUAGCUUGGUUUACAUUGAAUUGCGCCACUGUGCAUGGGGCAGUGGUGUUCUCUAUAUAACUUAACGACGCUGGUUAAUACUCAAACAUUGGUCAUGAAACCAGUGAUGGAAAAUGAAAGAUAUAUUUCACUUGAGAUAUCUUACCUUUCCAUUCUUUGAGGUCUCGAAUAUUGGCAUAAGUUAUUGUUUUUCCUUCUAAAUCUUUUUUGGUUUUAAUUUGCUCCUUCCAAAUAACAGAGGGGCUCGACCGUGACUUCCAUGACCACUGAAAUGGUUAAAUGGUUUGAUGUGCUUUUAGUUAUUUUCACAUUUAAUAAAAAAAAAGAAUUAUAGACAUGUAACCUCAUGCUGAAGCAUUGCAGAUGGCUCGAUGUCCGUGUGUGAGUGAAUAGCUAUGCCUGAAGCUUCUAAAGUAGAGAUGUUAACAUAAAUUAUAAGGAUUUUAAGACCUUGGGGAUAAAGGGCCCUCGACUGCUUAAACAGAUAGGCUGGUGCUCCUUGGUCAUGUGCUGUAUGUAUGUACGUAUGUAUGUAUGUAUUAGAGAGAGAAAGCGCUAAUCUUUCUCUCCAAACACAUCUAUCUCAGUGAACAAUGUAAACACAUCAGGAAUUUCAGAAAGCCUUAAUUUUGCACCAUUGUUUACUGUUACACACUUUCAACCGGUAUCGUACGUCGCAAGGUGGUUUUAAUUGUUUCCUACUUUUUUUUCAUCUUCUCCUCAACAAAAAUAAAAUACAAAUAUGCAAUAUUGCACUUUUCUUCUAGGUGAUGCAUCUGUCUGUUAGCGUGAUGGGUAACACUGUAUCCGUCUUCAAAAAUAACAAUAAGUAUUUUAUUUAUAUAUAUAUAUAUAUAUAUAUAUAUAUAUAUAUAUAUAUAUAUAUAUAUAUAUAUAUAUAUAUAUAUAUAUAUAUUAACAAAAGGAACACUGUGGAAUUGGAGCGAGACCCGUCACGGAACACUUAAGUCUCGGGAUGCACCUUUUUUCCAAGUGCUUGAAUAAAGUGCGAUAAAGGGAAGAAACGGACUUGGGUUGUUCACAAAGUUUUUUAAAAAUAUUUCUUUUUUCUGUAUUGUCAUGUUUUUUUUUUUUUUCUUGGAAAAAUAUCAAAGAACUCCAUCGUCACUUUUCUCAACUUUCUUUCCAUCGACGCAAAAAUUUUACAUUUUUUUUUUCUACAGUCUACAAGAUGACUGUAUCUUCAUCGGUGCACAUAAUGCAAUACAAGGACUGCAACGGAUAACUGCAGGCAGUUAUCUGAACUGUAACACACCACAAAGGUCAAACUAAUGACUGCAACAGAUUACAAAGAUAAGGUCAGUCUUUUUCAUAACGGGUGUCAAAAGGAAAAAAAAACCAACACGCCGAUAUUAUACCUCUGGUCUCUUUUGUUUUAAAUGUUUGAGAAUUUGUCUCUCAUGUUGUCCUUUAGUAAAUGUAUUUUUGUUUGUUUGUUUGUUGGUUUAUGGUUUAGCUUUCACCCUACGCCAACAUUUAUCCACGAUGCCUUGUCUUGUCUCAUUUCAGUGGCUUUCGAGUUCAAAAGCCUUUCAAACCCCUCAUUCUUUCCUACAUCUGAUCAGUUUACAGUUAGCACUAGCAAUGCUAAUUCACGACCAGUAAAUUUCCGUCAUAAACACCAUAGAAUCUUAUUUUUCUGGUCUUUGAUAUAUAUAUAUAUAUAUAUAUAUAUAUAUAUAUAUAUUUUUUUUUUUUUUUGCAAAUGUCACAUGCUGUUUUAUUAGUACUAAAAAGGAAACAAAUACAAUGACAAAAGCUAAUGUUGCUAACAUCCAGCAGUAGCUGGUUAGCAUUAUGCAAGUUAGAUCAUGCUAUCUAUGUUUAGCUUUAUUAGCCAUCUUUAUUAGCCCUUUGUGGAGAAAGUUACUUAGGUAACCUGUAGCGGCCUUCUAGGUAGUAUAUGAUGAAGUCCCUUUUUAAGGCUAGUUUGGUAGGUUAGUGUCUUUUUUUUUGUUUGUUUGUUUUUUUCUCCCCCUCAGUGGGUGUCUUGAUGCAAAAACCACCACUUGUCUCUUGUCAGUUCUGUUUCCUUUUGUAUUGUUUAAUACAUUUCUUCGUCACUAAUCUAUUUUCUUUUGCUGUUUUACUUUUUUGUGUGUGUGUGUGUUUUAAAUUUUAUCUUCCUGUGUGUCAAAAGAAUGCUCAGUACAAAAAAAAUGUUAGCAUUACUAGCAAUGAACAGAAGACUUUAACAUCCCUAAAGCAGUAUCUGCUGUCUCUUUCGUUUAUCUUAAUUCUUUUUCUGUUUCAAAAUGUCUCACACAGAACAUGCAAAUGUUUUGAACACUGAAUAGAUCAGUUUUUAUGCAAAUUAGAUCAUCCUAACCUUUUACUCUUUAUUGGCCAUGUUUGCAUUUAUGAGUCAAGCAUUCCUUUGACGGUCUUGUGUAACCUAUAAAGUAUGUAUAGUGAUACCCUCUGAGCUAGUUUAGGGUAAAAGCCUGUGUAACUGGAAUAGUUUAGCUGUUAAAUGUAGUGCUAACAGCUAGUAAAACUUGUUGGGCACCACAGUGUUUUUAUAAGUCUGUCUAAAUGGUAUUUUUUCCCCCUUUGUUUUGAUCAGUUGUAGUGAGAGAUAAAGCUAAUUCCGGUUUAUAAAACCGCCUUCUUGCUUCGUGUCAAUCCAAUCUUGACCUCAUUUAUCCUAAAGCUUGUUUUGUACACACUAAAACCAAAUACACUCCAUUUUUUGUGUGCAGGUCAGCGAUCACACUAGUAAGUCUGUCAAGACUGCGUCAAAGUCUCUUUCCUUUUGACAAGUUUAUGACCUCAUCAGGAUUCUGGCUUUACUGCAUCUCCUCAGGUG